AUGUCAACUGAUUCUUCCAAACCUCAAACAGUAAUCAUCACUGGUGGUACUGGCUACGUUGGCCAACACAUUGUUGGUCAAUUACUCCACCAUAAUUACAAUGUCAUCAUUAUCGAUAUUUCACCAACACGAGCCAUGGAAAUUGUUCAAUUGUUUAAUCACCCCAAUUUGCAAUGUAAAGUUGUUGAUCAAUUAAACAAGCCUAAUUCAAUUGAUUUCGUAUUGCGCCAAUUCCCGCAUGCUUCAACGUUUAUUGCUUCUGCUGCAGUUGUUCCUCGCGAUGAUAUUGAAGAUUAUGAAGCGGAGAUUAUUCAAAUGAAUCGUGAUAUAUUGAAAAAUACAUUGGACUCAAUCAAGCAUUGUGGCGGGUGUAUUCAACGUGUCGUGGUUACUUCUUCUACCGCUGCUUAUGUUUCUCCCGAGAAGGCUUUUGCUGUUGAUGCUGUUUAUUCAGAUGAUGACUGGAAUCCAUUACCUUAUGAAGCUGGCAAACAGAGUGUUAGUGCUGCUUAUUUCGUUUCGAAAAGAAUUAACGAAGAAUUGGUUUGGCAGUUUGUUAAAGAUGAAACACCACAAUUUGAUUUGGUUACUGUUGCGCCAGCAUUCUGUAUUGGUCCUAGCUUUUUCAGUAGUCAAGUUAGUUUGACCAAUUUGCCUUCAUCGACGUCAACAGUUGGUGAUUUACUUAAAUUACAUAAAGGUGAUACUGUGCCCUAUUUGGGUGCUGGCGCUGUUGAUGUAAGAGAUGUGGCUAAAGCACAUGUUGCCGUAAUUAAUAACCCGAAAGCCAGUAAUCAAAGACUUGUCGUUGAAGCGUAUAAAUUCACAAAUGCCAAUGCCAUCAAUGUUUUAAAGGCAAAUUUUCCCGAGUUGAAGGACAAAUUACCUGAUGUUGAACCGAUACCCGAGUCGAAAUUUGUUGAACCAAAUUUGAAGAAAAGUAGAGAGAUUUUGGGGAUCGAAAAGUAUUAUAGCUUGACUGAAUCGGUUGUUGAUUUGGCGAAACAAUUGUUGAAGGAGUGA